AUGGACGACCUCCGCGAGCAAGUGGAGCUGCUGGAGAGCAGCGCCAACCUGUCCACCAGCAUCGACGAUGUGCAAAAGGCCAUAGACAUGCUGACGGCAGCUCGCGCUAAGAUCGCAGCUGAUGCGAAGACGGCGCCCGUGACGCUCGCCAAACUCCAGGACCCGUUCAAGAAGUCUCUGGACGCGGUAAACAAAGACCUCAAGCCAAUCUACGCUGGUCUGAACAAGUAUGGCAAGACGCUGGACAAGAAAUUCAAAGACAAGCCCCUUCCCUCCGCCGACAACGAUGCCCUCUCCUCGCACCCCUCGCUCAUCAACCGCGCCAUCGCCAUGCACCUCCUGCGCGAAGGCCAAUUCGAAGUAGCAUCCACCUUCAUCGAAGAAGCGCGCCGCCAGCCACCCCACCCCGAACCCACGCCCAACACGCCGAAUCCAUACAUACGCGAAGCCUGGGAGAAAGAUCUAGCAGAAGGAACAUUCAACUCUGAGCAACUGCAACAGCAAUUCGCCGACAUGUACCACAUCCUGCACCAACUCCGGCACGAGCAGAACCUCGCCCCCGCCAUCCAAUGGGCGCGGGAACGCAGCGCCCUCCUCGAAGAACGCGGCAGCAACCUAGAAUUUGAGCUGUGCCGGCUGCAAUUCGUGUGCCUCUUCGACAGUGUAUCCCCCGCCCCCAACGACGACUCCUUCAUGUCCGACUCCUCCGACGAAGCACCCCCCACAGGCCCCCUCUCCGCCUGGGCCUACGCGCGCCGCGAAUUCCCGCCCUUCCAAAAGCGCUACGCCCGCGAAAUCCAACAACUCCUCGGCGCCAUGGCCUUCUACCAAAACAUACCCACAUCGCCCUACCACCGCCUCUUCUACAACACCACCGCCUGGGACGAAGUCGCCCAGUCUUUCAACCGCGAGUUCUGCAGCCUCCUCGGCCUCUCCGCAGACUCCCCCUUGUUCAUCGCCGCCACCGCCGGCGCAAUCGCCCUGCCCUACCUGCUCAAAAUGCAGUCCAUCAUGAAGGAGAAGCGGACGGAGUGGACGACGCAGGAUGAGCUGCCUGUGGAGAUUCCGCUGCCGAGUCAGUACCAUUUCCACAGCAUUUUCGUGUGCCCCGUGUCCAAGGAGCAGAGCACGGAUAAAAAUCCGCCCAUGAUGAUGCCGUGUGGCCAUGUUAUUGCGCAGGUGAGUUUGGAUACGCUGAGUAGGGGUGGGCAUAAGUUCAAGUGUCCGUAUUGUCCGAGUGAGAGUCUUCCCAAGGAGGCGAUUCAGGUUAUACUAUAG